AGAGGUAACCUGGCGAGUGGCGAGCGGCGCUUCUCCCGUGCUGUGGCUCACGCUUUGGUACUGGAGGCCGAGACUCUUCUGGCGACGGCGACCUCUGCGGCGACGGCUGAGGCUCUCGGAGGAGUGGCAGAGUACGAUCUGGAGGAAGGGCUUCUGAUCAGCCCAGGUUCUAUCAUAAUGAAUGGAUCCAGUGUAGCAAAUACAUCACCUAAUAUAAAAUCCAAAGAGGAUCAGGGAUUAAAUGGGCACGAUGAGAAGGAAAACCCAUUUGCAGAGUACAUGUGGAUGGAGAACGAAGAAGAUUUCAACAGACAGGUGGAGGAGGAACUUCAGGAGCAAGACUUCUUAGACCGGUGCUUCCAGGAGAUGCUGGAUGAAGAAGACCAAGACUGGUUCAUUCCCUCACGGGACCUGCCUCAGGCAAUGGGACAGUUGCAGCAGCAGUUAAAUGGACUGUCCGUCAAUGAUGGUCACAAUUCUGACGAUAUUUUGAGCAAAAGUAAUCUGAACCCGGAUGCCAAGGAAUUUAUUCCAGGAGUGAAGUACUGAGCUGCAGAAAGUUUUGAGGAGAACUUGUAUGUCCCUCCACCUGGGGACAGUGCUGCACAGAGAGGCAGAGCUGAAGAAGGGGGCGG